UUCGCUACUGAGCUUGCAGCAUCUUUGCGUUCACAGCUGGAAAUGUAUAGGCUGUAUAUUUUGGUGACGGUUUUCUUCACAAUUUGGAAUAAGGAUGAAUGCGUGGCACUGACGGUGGAUGAGCAUACAAGACAGCAGAUCGAGGAAGCAAGGGCAGCUAUCCGACGAUCCGACAUGUCGCCUUCAUACCUUCGCAUUACACACCUUGGACAGCCGAUUGGAAGGGGGAUAGUUGCUGACAAGGAUUUUGGUCCAGGCGAUUAUAUUACCUACUACCAUGGAAAAUAUUGUGUAGAGAAGCCAAUAAUAGACGAGUACUCAUUCGAAAUGCAUUUCGACGAUCGCACUUUUUGGAUCGAUGCUUCCCAAGAUGAUGGAUCAUAUGGUCGUCUCUUUAAUGAUGAGUGGCGUUUCCCAAACGCGAUGGCGAGGUUAAUUUUUGUGGACGGGCGACCUCACGUUGCUUAUUUCGCUCACAGAUUCAUCAAAACUGGUCAAGAAAUUCGUUUCAACUAUAAUUAUAAUAGUGAUUUUCCAUGGCGACAGGCAUCGAAAGUGCAAACAAACCUUUGUUUUCAAAGGACAUGGUUGGACCUCCUCCAGACGACCUUUUUGCCGGUUUGCAAAAUGGAUAAAGAAUUGUAAUUUUCCAUAUUUGUUUCCUGUUUUAUUAAAUCAGUAUCAACACUGAAA